GGUUGUACUGUGGGGAAUUGGAGAGUGAUGGGUUGUACUGUGGGGGUGUUGGAGAGUGAUGGGUUGUAUUGUGGGGAUGUUGGAGAGUGAUGGGGCUGUACUGUGGAGUUGAUUCGUGUCGGGGCUGUACUGUGGGGAAUUGGAGAGUGACGCGGUUGUACUGUGGGGGUUUGGAGAGUGAGGGUGUCAUGCUGUAGGAAGUAGGAGAUUGAGAAUGAUGGGUUGUAGUGUAGAGACAGGGCUGAUAGUUCUGUGCUCCAGCCUCCCCCUUGGCUUUCACUCACUUUGAGAGAUGGAACAUCUGUGUUUGUGUGUUGUCAGUGGGAGCCUGAGGAGGAGGUUGUAACUUGGAAAGAUGAUAGAAUAAAACUGCUGUAAAUUGAGUUUUGCUUUCUUUUCCAGUUUAAAUACUAGCUUUCUCAUGGUCCUUUAGCAGUUUUCUUGUCUCAGGUUCUCUCUGCCCCAACCCCUAUUUCCGCCCCACCUCCUCUUGUUCUCUCUCUUUCCCUAUUUCUCCUGUUUUUAGAUCACAACCUUUUUCUCAGUCCUCUCAAAUAUUUUCUUUCUCACUAUCUCUAAGAUUUCUUUAAGUAUUGUCACUGUCUAAUAUCUACAUAGUGACAAUGUCUGGACCAGAGAUAGUUCUAUCAGUGGAAAAUUUUGAUUGCCCACGCCACUGUUCAAGUGUUCACAGGUAUCUCUCCCCCUCCCCACCUCUCUCCCCCCCCGAAUAAAUCUGCCACAAAAGCCUGAGGAAAGUAAAGAUUUCUUUGCCCAGCUGAUGUUUGCCAUCUAUCUUUUCAACUAAUUCUUGUUUCUAAGUCAAGAUGUCAUUGAUUUUAUGAACCUUUUAAUCCUCUUGCUGUGUUAAAUUAGGUAUUGCCGUUCCAUUUACCUUGUGAUCUGUAGCAUUGAAUCUCCUCCUGGAGAUAGACCUUUGAUUGAUUAUGGCUCCUGGAGAUCUCAUGAUCCAGUCUUAGCUCCCCAGCUUUCCUUAACAAGACCAAGCAACAGCAAUAGCCCACAACAGCAGCACGCCACCCUAAGAAGUUGCUCAAUGCCACUCACCACUGGAAUGGAUUCUCUAUUCCCUCCCUUCCUGUGCUUUGCCUUUGGUGCCCAGACCUGCUUCCUCUUCCCUGCAGCUUCAGUGGAUGAAAUCUCCUCAUCUGCAAUGCAUUAGGUUGUGCCUUUCAGCCCACAAGGGUGGUGCUGGGUACUGAUACUCCAGGUGCUUCCUGAGCAAGUACUAUGUUGAUGGGGGCCCACUGUGUAUUGGGCAAGGUGUUAAAUGGAAGCCCGGUCCAGUCGUCCAAUUGUUUGACAGUGAUGAGCACAUUCCUGGAGCUAACAGUGCUUUUUGAGUAUGUUUCUAUGUAUUGGAUGUAAACACCACUUUGUGUAUUUGAAUUUUCCAUUUCUCUCAUUCCUUUUCCAGAAGCACAGAGACUCUCCUGAACUGCUGACACCAGGCCAGCCCCUCACAUUCGGUCUAGUUAAGAGGCGCUCAUCCGGAACUCUACAACUCCCCCCGUUGUCUUGGCGACAGUCCAGGCUCUCUGACAGCUUUUGGACGCUGAAGGAAGACUUGGGGUUGAGGAUAAGUGUCCCCUUGCAAGGAGAGACAUCGCCUCCGCUGACACAUGGCAGCAAUGCAAGCUCACAGGAUCUGCUUUCAACCAAGAUAUGCUGCAUCAUUUCUAAUUUCGAUGUGGAGAAUGGGCUCACGGCGGCACGCAGCCCUCUCGACCCUCAGGCAAGCCCCAGCUCGGGGCUUGUGCUGCAGGCCAACUUUGCCCACGGCCAGCGACGGGAGUCCUUCCUGUACCGUUCUGACAGCGACUACGAUAUCUCCCCGAAGAAUGUGUCCCGGAACUCCUCAAUCACUGGCGACAUAAGUAACUACUUCAAGGCUCACUCAAGACAAUCCUUGGUUUCACAACGUUCAGAAUCUUUCCUUGCCCUGACUUUGGGAAACCAUACAGAAGACAUGAUUGUGACUCCAUUUGCUCAGGUGCUGGCCAGUUUACGGACCGUGAGGCAUAAUUUUGCCACCCUGACUAAUCUACAGGAUCAAGUGAAGAGCAACUGGCGAUCGACAGGAUGCAGCCCAGGGGUCAUUCGGCCAAUCCCACACGAGGAGAACUCCCACAAGCUGGCCAUCGAGACGCUGGAGGAACUGGACUGGUGCUUGGAUCAGCUGGAGACCCUGCACACCAGGCAUUCCGUCAGUGAAAUGGCGUCCAACAAGUUUAAGAGAAUGCUGAACCGCGAAUUAACGCAGCUAUCUGAAAUGAGCCGGUCAGGAAAUCAGAUCUCCGAGUUUAUAUCCAACACGUUUUUAGACAAACCACAUGAAAUGGAAGUGCCUCGGGGCAGGGAGAAGGAACUGGAGACCAUGGGACAAAUCAGUGGCUUGAAGCACAGCCUGAGCGUGAUCUCCUCUGCUAACAUCCCACGAUUCGGUGUGCAGACCAACCAUGAAGCUGAGCUGGAAUCGGAACUGGAACACCUCAAUGACUGGGGUCUGAAUAUCUUUAAGAUUGGGGAGUAUUCCUAUGAACGACCACUUACGGUUACAAUGCACGCCAUCUUCAAGUCGCGACAGCUGCUGAAGACAUUUAAGAUCCCUGAGGACACCUUCAUCACGUACAUGAUGACUCUCGAGGACCAUUAUCAUACAGAUGUGUGCUACCACAACAAUUACCACGCUGCAGAUGUGACUCAGUCUACGCACGUCCUGCUUCUGUCUCCAGCGCUGGAGGCAGUCUUCACUGACCUUGAGAUAAUGGCUGCAAUUUUUGCCUCUGCAAUCCACGACGUCGACCAUCCAGGUGUCUCCAACCAAUUCCUCAUCAAUACCAAUUCCGAGUUAGCACUGAUGUAUAAUGAUGCCUCUGUUUUGGAGAACCACCACCUGGCUGUGGGCUUUAAACUGUUGCAGCAAGAGAACUGCAACAUCUUUCAGAACCUGUGCAAGAAAGAGCUUCAGAACCUUCGCAAAAUGGCCAUUGACAUGGUGUUGGCCACAGACAUGACCAAGCACAUGAACCUACUGGCAGACUUGAAGACAAUGGUGGAGACAAAGAAAGUUACAAGUUUAGGAGUCCUAUUGCUGGAUAAUUAUUCUGACCGGAUACAGGUUCUGCAGAACAUGGUGCACUGCGCUGACCUGAGCAACCCCACCAAGCCCCUGCACCUGUACCGCACCUGGGUGGACAAGAUCAUGAUGGAAUUCUUCCGCCAGGGGGACCAAGAGCGUGAGCGGGGCAUGGAUAUCAGCCCAAUGUGUGACAAACAUACUGCUUCCAUUGAGAAAACCCAGGUUGGAUUCAUUGACUUCAUUGUCCACCCUCUGUGGGAGACCUGGGCCGAUUUGGUUUACCCCGACGCCAAGGAGAUACUGGACAACUUGGAGGACAACCGCGACUGGUUCCAGAGUAUGAUCCCGCGCAGCCCGCCCUCGCCGGCCUCCGAGGCGGACAAUAGGGAAGUCGAGCCCAGUGAGCUGCUGGUGGUGAUCGACAGCGUUAGCCCGCCGAGCGCCGACUGCGCCUUGUCAGAGGACAUCUACAGCUACACGACCUCGGUGGCUCCGGUCACCGAGUUGUCCGAGAGUCACCAGUCCUCAAGCGACACCCCCUCCGAAGCCGGCAAGAACCUGGAGGGCAAGCCGAGCGGCUGGACGGAGGACGGGCGGGAUGAGGGCAGCGAGCCGAAGCUCCUGGCGGAACCCAGCCGCCUCCCCGAGGAGGAGUUACCGGCAGAGGAGAACCAGACCAGAACCUCCGAUCCCGGAGCUGAGCAGGGCGGUGAAAAUGUUUCAGAGGCUACAUAACGCAGACUCCGCCGGAGUAACAUUCCCAACUCUUUUUAUUUUCUGGUCUUGGGAUCUCACGGAUCACCCGCUGUUUUAAACAUCAACCAGGUAGGGCUACGGAGGCAGGACCCCUGGUGUGGGGGAAGGGAGGGAAUAUUUCUGGGGUUCAAGGAUUUGGCCAGAGACAGCCUCCUCCGAGAGCAACCGGACAAUGAAAACAGGCCGUGUGGCGAGUUUUCCCUCUCCGGGCCAGGAGAGGGUUAAGAUUUUAAGAUAAAUUGCACCCAUCCUAUCGCGGGCGAUCGAGGGUGUCGCACGGCGGGCAGGCGGACGGAGCGAGCAGAACACUCUGUGAAACGGAGGGGAGAAAGGGGGAGCGUUCGCACCUUUCCGUUUUCAUUGUAAAGUAUUCGCCGCAAAACAAAAUGAGGUAAAGGAGCCCACACUCUGCGGCGGAAUGGGGCAAGAGGACGGCCGCUCGAACUGCAAAGGUGUUAACUCGAUGGGUCGAGACACUGGGCGGACUUAAAGGAAAUAACAAGAAAUCAGAUGCCUUUUUAAACGAAUUGUAAGCAGUUAGCAGCGAAACUGGACCUUUAUGCAGAUGCCGAAAAAAAAGUUUAAAAGGUUUCGAUUAUCUUUUUUUUAAAAAACGCGUGAUCUGUAUUUUUGUUAAAUGAAUAUUUUUAGAUUUUUUACACGAUUUGCCUUUAUGUGAACUGUGUUCUGGACUGUAUUGACUGCUGCCCUUAUAUAUGGAGGUUCGAUUUCCGUUGGCCAGCGAGUCUGACGGUACGCGUAAAAUUUUUCGCGUGUAGUACAGAUGUGUCUACUCGUGUUUAUGUGUGUGUGUCGGUCGGUCUUCGUUAAACUGUUUGACCGUCAGUGUAUGAGAAAAAGAGCCAAACUAUGUCUGUGUGUGUGCGUGGGUGUCUUGUCACUCUGUGUGUGAGAGCGACCAGGAACAUCAAGUUAAAGCGUGCGUAUAUUCUCUAUGCUCUCGCGGUAUCGGGGGUGAAAAGUAAGAUUGACCCGCCGGAGGAAGGGUGUUGGAGGUGACUCCAGCGGGACUGGGUGAAUGGGUGUGGGGUGCGCGGCAGCGUGUGGGGGAGAUGGGAAAAGGAAGGGUUCCGGGAGGGGAGGGUGACGCUGCGACGCCAUCCCGACAUUUGGUAAAAUGAUCCAUUCGAGCGCGAAAACUGGCUGCCCAUUGGCAUCGGGAUUAACUUGCGGAGUAAGAACUUGUCCUGCCGUCAGUUGUUGUAAAAGGGGCUUCGGUGGGUAUCUGUGCCUAUCCCUUGGGGGCUAAGGAUGGGGCGGGAGUGCGCACGGAAAUGACCACGGGUUAAAGGAGGAACGUUCUGCCGAGGAUGAAAUGCCAGUGCGCCCAUGAGGGUUUGCAGGGGGGAAUUAAAAUUAAAAAUAUAAAGGAGAGGUGUUCCUUUGUUCCUUGUUGGUAUCUCUGCUUCAUACUGGUCCCCUCCCAUCCCACCCAGCACGCUGAAACACCUCCCCUUAAUCCUUCCUCCCUCCUGCGGUUAUCCAGCUUUUCGUGAAACCUUUCUCAGCUCUUCGAUGCAUCUCAAUGUGAGGGAAUCUCAACCGCUGUGGGGGGAAACGAGUUUCUCCGUAAUUCCCGCCUGCAUUUAUGGGCGACCCUGUGAGGUCAAUGGACUUUGGUGCCGCUUAUGAAUGCAAGCUUUUCAUUAAUAUCUGUAGAUGCUGCAAUCUGGAGCAACAAAAAGAUGCCGGGGGAAUUCAUUAAUAGCAAGCGAUGCCGCAGACGCUGGAGAUCCAGAAUAAAACACAAAAUGCUGGAGGCAGCGUCUAUGGCGAGGAAUAAACCUGCCGAGUUUCUCCAGUCGUUUGUUGUCCCAUAAUAUCGGCAAUUCCCAGCUCGUACCAUCCUAUCCGUGAAUCACAGACUCCGGUAUAUCAAUGUCUUUAUAGGGGAGUGGAAACCCCGUCUCCUCACGGAGGGUCCACACCAUCUUCCGCCCGCGGUGAAUGGCUGAGCCUGUCCGAUUAAAGUGGGACCUGGCUGGUGAAUCCAGGCAGUUAAGGUUGGUGAUCCGGGCGCCUGUAUUUCAUCUCCAACCGAGGAGGGACAUUUUUAGCGACACUUCCAUAAAUCCCUUCCCAUUCGCCUGGCUCCAACCCCCAAACUUGACCUCCGUUUCAAGAUUAUUCGAAUUUUAUUGAAACCAGAUUCUCAGUUCCACCGGUUAAAGUCGCCCACAGCCUCUGACGAGUAAGAGCAUCUUGCCGAAUGGUUCUCCUUUCAGGCUGGGGCAAGCGGGGACCACCUUACAAAGUCGGGUGCUGCUGCGAGCUAGACAGUGGGUUAGUCCCGGUAGCUUUUUAAAAAAAUACUUCAUCUAGUAUUUACAAAAUGGGCCAAGCGGCCUCUGUCAAUGUUAUAAGUGUUUUAAAAUCCUUCACCUAAUCACCUGCUGCCGCAGUUUAUGAAGCUAGUGACUCGCCGCAGGGGAGGGUUGAUGGGAAUGUGUUGAGGUUUAAAGGUUUUCAGUGUGAAUGGCUGCUUAACGAUCAGCGCAGACAUAAUGGGCCGAAUGGCCUGUUUUCGUGCAGAUGACCCUCUGCCUGGUGUCCAUCUCUUCUCUCCACCCGCUCUCUCUCUCUCUCUCUCUCUCGCCAGAGUCCGGAGAGCGGCCCGCGGGGGUAGGUGCCGGGGCGUCAUUCAGAGUUAGGGAGACGGAGUCCACGGCGUCCUCCCUCACUGAGACCUGAACGGGCAGGGCAGCGAGGGGCGGGGAGAGAAGUCCCGUGGCUGCGGUAAAGGGAAGGGGCUCAGUAGUAACCACUAUACAGAACUACUUCAAUCCCGGCAACCCCCUCCACGAUCCAAGCCAUUACAUUUCGCACUAGGCUCCGACCAGGCGCCGUUCCCGGGGUCCACGUUACCUACGGGAGAACCGGCAGGAAGUUGGGCUGAGCAGCGGAAUUUGGAGUCCGGCUGAGUAGGGGAUUAUUUCCACUCCCGAUUUUCCACGUCUCCCCCGGUGGAGGGUCAGUCCAUGUGUCCUUGUGGUUCAGGUAAAUGAAUGGUAGGUGGGGUAUAGGGUGGGGAUAUAUGGGGCCUUCCUGUUUGGUAGAAACGGAGGAUGGAGGAGUGUUCCUAUCCGAUGAUUCAGGAAGACCUGGCUGUGUUUGGAAACAAGCCUCUGAGAGUUAAAUAAAACAGCAAAUGCCGGAAACAGGUCGGGCGAAGAGUCUUCCGUUAACCCCGUUUCUUUUUCCAUACAUUCAGCUCGGCCUGUUGUACGUUAGCAUUUCCUAAUCUUGCAACUAUAUCCCUUGUUUGAGAUUCUCCCAUAAGUGGAACCAUUCCACUUCCAGCAUCUGCAGUUUCUUUUUAAAUUUCAUUCACUGGCAGUUAACGUGUUACGGGCAACGACAGAGGUACCAUGACUUUUAUUUGAUUCCAGGAGUGAUGAUUCUUACUGAACCUACACGGGGUUAGGAAGGAUAUACCGGCAGAAGGAAGUGCAGCGCACGGUUUACUGGGAUGGGGGAGGACUGAGUCUGUACCAGGAAAUGCCGAAGAGCAAUCUCAUUGGAACAAAUAAAAUUCUCAUGGGCCUUGACCUAUUAAUGCGAGGAUGUCUGGGAUACCUAGAACCGGGCGUCGCAGUCUCAGAACGGGUGGACAUCCAGAAGAAAUCUCCACGGUCUCAGGGGGUACAUGCAAACUCCACACAGACAGCAGCGGAGGUCAGGAAUGUAUUUGGGAUUCUGGUGCCCUACCAGUCGCCCAUGUUCCUGACGCAAGUGGUGUAGCGUUGUUGUGUUCAGUCAUUUUUGAUUGAUGUCGAAGGGCAGCGGAUAGAUGACAAUAAUUAAGGAGGCAUGAGCGCAGAGGAGUUUUUUUUUAUUUAUUCAUUUACGGGUUUUGGGCAUUGCCAGCUAAGCCACCAUUUGUUGCCCUCGAGAAGGUGGUGAAGAGCCGCCUUCUUAAACCGCUGCAGUCUCUGAGGUGUGGGUGCACCCACAGUGCUGUUAGGGAGGGGAUUCCAUGAUUUUGACCCAGCGACAAUGAAGGAACGGUGAUAUGUUUCCGAGUCAGGACGGUGAGUGACUUGGAGGGAGAUUUCCAAGUGGUGGUGUUCCCAGGUGUCUGCUGUUCUCAUCCUUCUUGAAGAUAGUGGCCGUGGGUCAGGACGGUGCAUUCCUCAUUGUUCAUGGAAUAGGUAGAGGUGAACCACUUUCCCAAACCUCCAGAGACCAUGUGCCAAACAAGAGGGAAAUCUGCAGAUGCUGGAAAUCUAAGCAACACGCACAGAAUGCUGGAGGAACUCGGCAGGCCAGGCAGCAUCCAUGGGAAAGAGUACAAUCGACAUUUCAUGCUGAGACACUUCAUCAGGAUUGGAAAAAGAACCAGAGUUCAUGUGAUGUAGGUGCCCCACUCUUCCAGUAUUUUUGAGGGAGGUGUUCCAGGAUUUUGAGCUGGUGAAAUCCCAGUGCGGACUGGGAUGAAGUCAGGGGAAUCUGCAGAUGAUAGAAAUCCAGAUCAACACACGAAAAUCGCUCGAGGAACUUAGCAGGUCAGACAUCAUUUUUGGAAAUGAAUAAAUAGUUGAUGUUUCAGGCCGAGACCCUUCUUCAGAGCUGGAAAGCAAGGGGGAAAACACCAGGAUAAAAAGGUGGGGUGAGGAGGACUGACUGGUGGAGCUAAGUGGGUGGGAAAGGUGAAGGGCUGGAGAAGAAGGAAUCUGUUAGGAGAGGAGAGUGGUUGAAGGAUGAAGAAGUUGGAAACAUGGCUGGCUCUUGGUGGGUUAGGCAGCCCAUUGCUUUGCCUGCGGUGAAAGACAUCCCUUGCUCCUGGCUGUAGCUCGAGAAGGGAAGCGUGGUUGGGAGCUGUGUCUGACCACCCCCCCCCCCCCACAAGUCUCUCAGACCAGCUGACUGAGGGCUGUGAAAUCCAUGGGAAGCGAGCAAUUCCUUGUGUCCUCACUGGGCACCUCUGGAAUCCACCUGGAUUGGUUCAUUCCUAAAGUAGGAUUAACACAUUCACCUCUGGCCAAAUACGAGGCUCAGCUUGGAUCUGACCACUGGUGUGCAUCUUUGGAACCCAUACCGUGAUGUCUCCAGCUGUCUGCUCCAGAUGUUCAUGGGCCCAUCACCUCUGCAAGGUCCUCUCAUUCCACAGAUUGCUCACAUCAUUGAAGUGCAUCAAAGCACUGGUCGGAGAUGUUUCCAGCAUGGUCUCUGCUGGUGAUAUCUCUCAAAUUACCAGCAAGAUAAGUGAACCAGUAUCACUGUCCUCCCCCUCACCAACAUCCUCAGCACUAAGGCUCAAUUUAAUACUCAGCCUGCUUGGAUUGGCAUGUUAUGUUGCUCACAGACUCCCUAAAGUACUCUACUCCAGGCUCUGUUAUGGGAAGAAAUUAAUAGGCAGGCAGAAGGAAACAAAUCCACGAUCUUCUCAAAACAUCCUUGAACAAAUGAAACAUGGAACUCAAAAAUAGGAGCUGGGGUAGGCCACCCAGCCCUUUAAGCCUACCCGUCAUUAAAUAUGAUCAUGGCUGACUUGGCCUAGGCCUCAUCUGUCUUUUCCCCCAUUGCUCUCAAUUCCCCGAUCUUUCAAAAAAAAAUUGCCUUUUUCCUCUUCAAAUACAUCCAAAGAUGCAGCCACCUGCAUUGUGGAAGGUGUUCGCUACCUCACAGCCUGCACCAUCUGCAGAAAAUUGUAUGAGGCCUAUACUGACCAUGUAGGACGGAGAACCGGACUGGAAGCCAAAGGGAGCUUUGACAAGAGGGGAGUUAUCCAUCUUUGGGAGAGUUGGGUUGAUGCUGUCAUUCUCUCACUGCCACUGUGGUUUAACAUGACAGAGUUUUGAUAACCAGGUAAGCUUAGAGUGGGUUACAUGCCCAGGACACAUUCAUCCUUUGACCCUAUGUAUAGAAUCUCCACAGGAGACAAACACUCCCGGGGUUGAACAUUAACAGAGGGCCGUCAAUUUACUUCAUUUUACACUGAAUCCCCUCCCUCUCCCCCCAAUACCCUCAAGUUAAAUCUGGGCUUGUAAUACUGUGGUUUCCAAGGGACAGGUUACUAUUGAAAGGAAAUGCCUGCUCACACAGGAGAGAUGCAUCAGCAGAAGAGGGCUGGGUGGAGUCCACAUUUAAUGUUAGUGCAUAAUGUACUUGCCUUUUAUAAAAAUUGUAUUCGUUUAUUUGUUUGUGCUGGCCUGCGUUCACUGUGUAUGAUUCAAACUAAAUUCACUCUUUAUUCUGG